UGCCCUCUUGUUCCCCGCACCACAAGACGAUUCCUAAUAUUUUAGGUCAAUUGUUGGUGACUUCUUCCAUCUUCAUUCCUCAUAGCUAAAGUGUGGCGGAUGAGCUAUCUGCGGUGAUGGGGAUUCCGAAAUUUUGGGCGCGUUCCGCCACGACUGAGGUGCCGGCGGUUGAUGGCCAUCCAUCCAGCUCCGACGUCUCGGUCAUUCGCGACGGCGACCUUGCGUAUACUCUGGAGAAAGCGGGAAAUGGAUCUAAACCAUCUUACCAAGAGGCGGCUGGCGCUCCUGUCGAAUCCAAGUCGCCGCUGGGUUACCACGUCGGAUGGGUAACCGUCAUCUUUCUCAACGUCAACCAAAUGAUCGGAACUGGAAUUUUCUCAACGCCCGGAACAGUUCUUAACACCACCGGUUCCGUCGGGCUUUCUCUUAUCUACUGGACGAUUGGUCUGUUGUUAGCUAUCGCAGGCUUUGCCGUCUAUCUUGAGCUCGCGAGCUACUUUCCGAACCGUUCGGGUUCUGAAGUCGUGUACCUAGAACAACAGUACCCCAGACCGAAGCAUUUCUUCCCCGUCACAUUCGCCGUCUACUCGGUUAUCCUUAGUUUCAGCAGCAGCAACGCCAUCGUCUUGGCGCGAUAUGUGUACCAGAUUGCCGGCUCAACACCGACGGACUGGCAGUUGAAAGGUGUUGCCAUCGCUGCUUACACCGUAGCAAGCUUAUGUGUGAUUCUUCACAACAAAUACUCGCUAUGGCUGAUGAACUUGCUUGGUGUCGUUAAAAUUGUUACUCUUAUCUUCAUCAGCAUAACCGGUUUCGUAGUCUUGGGCGGAAACGUCCCUCACAUCCCCGACCCGGGCGCGAACUUCCGAAAUGCGUUCGAGGGCACGACGACCAACGGAAACGAUCUGGCGGUUGCUCUAGUUAACAUUGUGUUUACGUAUACCGGGUUCUCGAACGCCUUCAACGUCGUCAAUGAGAUUAAGAAUCCCAUUCCGACGCUGAAGAGGAACGGAACCAUCUCGAUCCUGGUCGUCGGUGUGCUGUACAUGCUCUGUAACAUCGCGUACUUUUCUGCUGUAUCGAAGGAGGAAUUCGCUAAAUCGAAAGAAAUCGCCGCGGCCGUAUUCUUCGUGUCGGUGUUUGGAAGGGGUCGCGCGAACCAGGCUCUGAGCGUUUUGGUUUUACUGAGUGCAUUCGCGAAUCUGCUCGCCGUGUUGAUCAGCCAGUCCCGAGUGAUCCGUGAAAUUGGCCGACAAGGUGUUCUCCCAUUCACUAAUUUCUGGGUUUCUACGAAGCCCUUCGGUACUCCGUUCGGUCCGUACUUUUUGAAAUGGCUCAUGACAUUUAUUAUGAUUGUCGCUCCUCCCGCUGGCGAUGCUUUCCAGUUUGUCGUGAGCCUGGGAACCUAUCCGGACGGAAUCUUCCAUCUUGCUCUCGCUAUCGGCGUAUACAUCGUACGGUACAGACAAAAAAGAUUAGGCAGGAAAGCGCCAGACUUCCGCACCUGGGACGUGGUUCUCAUCUUCUACAUCCUGCUGCAGGUGUACAUCCUGGCGACGCCGUGGAUCCCCCCAAAGGGCGGGCCGUACGCCGGCGAGGUGUCGUUCUGGUACGCGACGUACUGCGUCGUGGGCAUCGCCAUCAUCAUCGUGUGCGCGAUCUACUACGUCGUCUGGAUAUACGCGCUGCCGAGGUGGGGAGGGUACAAUAUCCGGCCCGAGAUUGUCAAUUUAGACGACGACGGCACCACGAUUCACCGGUUGGUUAAGGUGCCCCUGGGCGAAGUGGACAAGUGGGACGAGGAGCACGACGAGGCGGGGCAUUUGAGACGGAGGCAUGUCGUGGCGUCGACGACGUCUUCGCAGGGGGACGACGGCGCUGCUCAGGCUGCCAAAACCGGGUAGAGUUUCAGACUUGU